AUGUGUCAAACCAAGGAAAAAGAGGUUGAUUCAUGGUGUAUUAAGGACUCCAUUGUUAAAGGAUGGUUGAAAAAAAUCAUGGAACCUGAUUUAGUAUACUUAUUCUUAGAUCUACCAACAGCCAAAGAUGUUUGGGAGAGUACAACCCAUAUGUAUUAUGACGCAACUGAUGAGUCACAGAUUUAUGAAUUACAGUGUAAACAAACCCGUAUUACUCAAGGAGGUCGUGAUAUUGCAUCUUACUUUGCUGAGCUCAAGAGCAUUUGGUUGGAACUAGACCGUCGUCCUCCAAUCAACACGAAGUGCCUUGAUGAUGUGAAGAUUCGACAUGUCGAGAUACAAAAAGACAGUAUUUAUGAUUUUCUUACUGGUCUAGAUGAUGAGUUUGAUAAAAUUAGAGGAGAUUUGUUGAGGUUGAGUCCAUUGCCAAAAUUAGAAGAUUCGUUUGCUUUUGUUCAUAAAGAGGCCCAACGCCUAGAGACGAUGCCCAAGAAGGAUGGAAAGACUUAA